CGAGAUGUCCGAGGCGGCAGGAAAUCUCAAUAGCCUCCGCAUGGCCAACGUAGCCCUGCGAGAAGAAUUAAAUGCCCUUCGCGGGGAGAAUGCCAAUUUGGGCCUUCAGCUCGGAAGAGCCCUGGCCGAGGUGAAUUCCUUGCGGGGCAAUGUCUCGAGCUACGUCCGCUGGCCGGUGCCCAUAGUGCCCGUCCCUGUCCCUGCCGAGGAGAACUUUGAGUUCCCGCUCAGUGAGAUCGACGCCGUUCCCGAGGGAGAGCUGCCCUUCUUGUGCUGGCCUCCCCCACGCGCGGAGCCCGAGUACACCUCGGAUGAUCUUCUAAUUAGCGUCAUCCAGGAUUGCAGCACCCCCGACGGGCCCACCGACCCUCCUCUGCUGCCGGUCCCGCCCCCGCCGGCGCAGCCCCAGCCCGCGGCGAAGGAGCCGCCCCCGCAGUCCCCUCUGCCGCCGCUAGAGAAGCCUGAGAUAGACCCCUUUUCAGGCGACCCAGUCUACCUGGCUGAAUUCCUCAUGCAGCUAGAGACCUUCAUAGCCGACCACGAGGAUCAUUUCCCCGGCGGCGCUGAGCGAGUGGCCUUUCUGAUCUCCUUUUUCACUGGCGAAGCCAAGGACUGGGCCAUCUCAGUCACCCAGGAAGAAAGCCCCCUGCACGCCAACUUCCCGCGCUUCCUGGAUGAAAUCCGUAAGGAAUUCUGUGGCCCCAUCCCCCCACGUAUAGCUAAAAAGGCCAUCCGCAGGCUCAAGCAGGGGCACUGUACCCUCAGCAGCUAUGCCGAUGCUUUUCAGUUUUUGGCCCAAUUCUUGUCUUGGGAUGACUCCCGCCUCCAAAACCAGUUCCUAAAAGGCCUGUCGGAAUUCUUCCGCAAGGAGCUCUUAGGGUCAACUGAAAUGGCUGACCUGGAUGAGCUGAUUCGCAAAUGUGUGGAGAUAGAAAGAAAAGUGCGUGUCCCCAAGCCAGUCCCGCUUCCUGGGGUUCACAGUAUCUUCCUCCCUUUUGCUCCGAAUGCUAAUGAAGAUGAAAGUGAAGAUGAAGAGCACCGCAGCGACAAUGAAGACAGAGAGGCACGAAAGCACAGGCCUCACCCAAAGGACCAGCGGAGGUGCCCACCCCCUAGGCAGGAGGUUAGCCAGAAGGAGGAGGAGGAGAUGAGGAAGAAGGAGGAAGAAAUAAGAAAGGAGGAGGAGGGGGAGGUGAUGAAACAGAAAGAGGAGGAAGAGAUGAGGAAGAGGAAUGAGGAUGAAGUUGAGAAUAAGGAUGAGGAGGAAGAUGAAGAUGAGAAUGGGGGCCAGGAACCCCAGCAGGAGCCAGAGCAGGAGCAGGAGACAGAGGAGACCUCUGCUGAGGUGGAGGAGGCGGCUCUGGAUGAGACCCAAGAAGAUAACCUAGAGGAGCUGAUGGAGAUGGAGGAGCCUGUGGCCCACGCUUCAACCCAGAUGUAUAGCUCCCCAAGUGGCAACCAUGCUGAAAACUUCCUGGGUGCACCCCCUCCCAUAAUACAGCCCAGCAGACGGAGGAACCAGAAUCGACUCCCACUUCUGGAGGGCCUUCCAGGUACCAAUUCACCAUUCUACAGCUCUCCACCACUGAUUCGCCGCGCAGGUCGUUUGGGGCAGCGCCAAACUCGACGACGCCCCCCGGUGCUAUUCCGCCUCACUCCGAGACAGGGGGGCCACCGAGCUGCUCGUGGCCGAAUUCGCGUGUGAGUGCUGAGGUGAGAUGGCCACCCAAAACACACCCUUCUACUGCACCCCCCGCCCCUGCUAUUGCUGCCACACCUGCCCCAUCUGCUGACCAGGACUUCAAGGAGUUCCAGACCUGCAGAACUCCAGACCAUCUUGCAGCCGUGACCAGAGAGUGACAUGUGCCCAACCAAGGCCACCUGGGAAAGGAGGGAUAAGCAACAGCUGUCCUUUUGGCAUGUACUCUGCUCAGUCCUGCUACAAGCUGGAGAGCAAGUUUCUGGGCCUGUUGCCAUAACUGAACUGGUCACCCUCUUGUAUUUCCCUCUAGUUGUUCCUAACCCUCACCUCUCCUAUGUUCAUUCACCGUGUUCUAUGGUUUUAUCCUCUGACUGACUCACCAGGACUUCACCCAGUGCCUCAUUGAUCUUCCCCAAGGACUGAAAAGACAAGCUACACUGAACUCCUAAAGCCACUGAGGCCAGUUACUAGACAUAACCAACGGCAAGCAUGAUGUUAUCAAGAAAUGUACUUAGAAGCCUACACUUGUUUCAUGCCACACCUCCAGGAGAAGGGACUGGAAGAGGACCCUGCAUCUAGCCCAGUAAUAGUGUGUAAAGCCACAUGUCAGAUGGACAACUUGACUGCAAGCCGGUCCCACUUCUGGCACUCGAGUUUACCUUCCCACAGGCUCCUGUAUCAGGGCUCCUGGACUGGUGGCCUGCCACAUCUGGGGCCCUCUCCUCUUACUACUCUGCCCUCCUGGGCAUCCCCAGUGGACAGAGCCCAACAUUGCAGGCUCUACCUCUUUCCUUGAUGUUGCCUAAGGGUAGGCAGUUGGGAGGUGAGGGAGGAGGGGGAGGAAAAAGCAACAGCAACAGUUCAGUUUUACAUUGUAAGGAGUGGCUCUUUCUUUAGGGAUAGUGAUCUCCUCCCCCUGCCAGGCCUUGGACUGCAGCCCCCAGCCAAACGUCUUGGCAGGAGACUUUCUAUCCUUGGGGUUGCAGAGGAAGCCUAACUGGCCUUUUAUUCUGGGACAGCAAGGAGAGAGGGCCCACGGCCUACUCUUUGACUCUCUUCAACUUCAAAGAUUCCUUAGUUCUGAGAGGAGAGGAGAGGAAGGCUGGCUGUACAGAGACUGCAGCCUCACAGCCAGGACGCUUCUUUGUGUCUCUCACAUGGGGGUCAGCCCCUGGGCUGCUGCUGGGCUUUGGUUAGACAGUGAGGCCUAAGACGGUGACUGCCUCCUAGGAACUCCUGGGACUUCUGGGUACAAACCCAGGUGCACUUAUAAAGAGACCUGCACUUGCCUUGGGUCCAGAAAAUAUUGCUUCUGCUGGGAAAAAUACAUGUUUACUAUGUCAGCCCCGGCCAUGAAAUGCCAGGCAAAUCCACAGCUGGCCUGAACUGCCCCGGACACUGAACUUUCUGUACAGUGCCUGGCAGCUGAGCAAGUGCAGCCAAAGUAGCUGUGCCAGAGGGAAGAAAACAUAGUAAGCUAAGCCUCUGUUCCUCAUCGGAGUCCGACAGAUAACCUCAGCCCAGCCUUAGGAUUCUGGCCCUGCAGGCAAGAGGAAGGAGCUGGAGGAAGAGGAGUCACAGAGAAACCCAGUCCUCCAACUGGUUUCUGGUGAGGUCUCUCUUCAUCAGUGGGAGCUUAUUUUCUCAGGAGAGAGUUCUAGAAGGGGAACUGCUAUUCUUCGAGGCUGUGGACCCUGUUUGCUGAUGAUCAACAUGCUGACCCUGCUACCCACAUCCCUGUGAAGAAGUGCAAAGGACAGGUGCCUUGCAACCCCACUUCCAGGGACCGCUCAGCACAGGCCCUUCCUGUUCCCCUGGUGCUUCUCACCCUGCAUCCUUGUAGCCUCAGCCAGGGAAAGAGCAGAGGAGCAGUGAGCUGGUUUCCAGCCCUCUGGGGGGAGGGGGGCUUGGGCUUCCCUUUGACCCUCUUUCCCAGAUCUUCACUAUUCGUUGUGAUGUAACAGCCACAAGAGCUGUAAGAGGAACUAUGGGCUUUGGGCGCUUUCUUGGGUUGAAAGAGGGGUGGGGGUGGGAAAUGCAUGCAGGGGUAGGAAGGCAGCCCAAGGAUUCCCAGCAGCUCAGGAAGGAGGAAACCCGUUCGAAAUCAGUGUGUUACUGUGACUGUGUUAUUGCUGUAUUACUGUGUUGUGAAGGUAAGAAAUUGCUCUGUAUGCUAAAGCUUUCUCUCCUCAAUAAAAGUAUCAAGGGUGUGUAAAAA